CUUCUGCAUAUUCUCGCCAGAUCCAUUGACUUCACUUCAUCUAGCGAUAGGGUUGAUAAACGCAUUUGGAACGUGUAUAAACGAAGGCAGACUGCAGUAAAAUCAUUAGUUUAUCAGUAUACAUAUUUUGUCUAAGACGCUUUUGAAAAUGAAGUUACCAGAAAAUUUAAGUGGGAUUAAAGAAGCCUUAAAGCUUAAUGGAACUUCACUAAAGUCGCUUCUCAUUUCAAGAAACAUCGACUCCAUAUCUCACCCAGAAUCAAAACAUAUUAUGCAAUAUUCUACCCCUGGAUUGUUCUCCGGUCGUCCUUUGAACCAAACAAUGAUCGUUCUUUAUGGAAAAACUGGAUCAGGAAAGUCCACCACAAUCAAUCGGCUUUUCGACGAUGAAGCACUCUGUCGUGUCUCAGAUUCUACAUCUGAAACAUCAAAAGUAACUGAAUGCAUCAAGGAUUUGACCGUGAUGUGGCCAAGCAUUGAUCCCCCAAUUUCAGGAAAGUUGUCGAUCGUCGAUGUGCCUGGUGCGUUAGACACCGAUACCCGAAAGGAACUUGAAAACUCUCAAAAAAUUUCAAGUUUUCGAAAAUUUCAUAAAGCCUUACAAGAAAGAAACAUCCCAUCGAAAUUGGCACCGUUUCAACUGUCGUCCAAGGUAUACCCAAACUCGGUUUUAUUCGCAUUCAAUGCCAAUGAUAACAGAACAGUGGGUCCUGACUCGGAUUUGGCAAAAUCAUUGAAGCUGUUGAAAGCAUAUAACUUUGUAGAUUGCAAAAAUCCGAAUCUUAUCAUGGUUGGAACAUUUGCAUGCAGCCUUGGAAUCAACAAGUCGAAAUAUGAAACGCACAUUUCAACUGUUACACAACGCAUACAAAAAAUUGUACACGGACUAUUUGGCAUCCAAAAUGUUCCCGUCGUAUUUGUAGAAAACGAGCCAGGUGACUACAAUUUGCGGAAAGAUGGGGAUUUUUACUUCUUACCUGAUGGGUCACAGUCGCAUGCGAAUUUGAUUAAAGCUAUGCAAUCACAAUAUGAGAAAUCCGUUGAUAAGUUAAGUCUUCUCCUUACGUCAUGGUACUUCCGGACUGGCUGCCCCGAUAAGAAAACUCCUCCGAGGACUGAGACUGUAAAUAUAAUUGAGGAGCAAAAAAAUUUGGAAAUGGAAACAACAAACAUUAUUGGACUGUUCAAAGAUUUAAACAUUGGUGGAGAUUUUGACGAGAUUACUCCUGACUUGAAUUUUCAUGCCCUGGGAACUGCUUAUUGCCCUGUGACAGAGUGCUUAAAGAGUCACUACCUUUUUAGCUCCACAAAUGACAAAAAUAAACUUCAAGUUGAAAAAUCAAAAUUCCUUAUUCCAAAAUACGUACAACCCUACGUACAAAACAAGGCAAUUUUCAAGAGUAUCAGUUGCUAUUCAAAACAUGAUUAUGAACGGAGUAAGGCUGAACAGUACAGCUUCGAUGCUGGGCUCAAUCUUGUCGUUAGCGUGAGUUCGACUGGACGUUGGACGUCAGAAACAACCACCACGAAUCAAGACAUAAUAAUCUCGAUUCUUUUUGAGCAACAAGUUUGUUCACUUCACAUCGAUAACCCAGAGCAGUACGUGAGUCAAGACUUUCUAAAGGUGCUCAAUGGCCUACCUGCCACCUACACUGCUGACACUGCCGACGAAUUCAGACAAUUUUUCGCCAAAUAUGGAACACAUGUAGUGUCCAAACAGAGUCUCGGGGGUUGGAUCAAGUUUGAUUGUCACAUCGGACAAACCUCAUUCACUAACCAAACCAAAGAACAGAUUGAAGCAAAAGCGCAAGGAGUUUUUAAAAAGAUUAUUUCGGGGGGAGGGGGAUACAGCACUCAAACUGCAUUCAACGAACUUCAGCAAGUAGGCAUGACGGAUGAGCAGAUAACCAUCGGAGGGGGUGACCCUCCUCUCGUUUCGUCUCUGAAGGCAAUCACUCCGCAAGUUUUGACCACGUGGUUGGCUUCAGUGAAGGAAAAACCGUCCGAGCUGGAACAUACUCGUGUCCUGUAUCCGUACUAUAAUUUAAACCUGGGAAAAAAUAGGGAAGCCCUGUGGGGCGCUACGUUUGAAUAUUUGAAGAACGAAUUGAAACAAAAAAUUGCUGAAACAAGGGAGAACUUGAGUAAAAAAGGUGAGACAGCUGCGACCAGUAAGGCGUCAUCAUCCUGUGUCCCUGCAUGGGCCACUGUCAUCACGAAACAUGGACCCGAGAGGGUGGAUAGGCUGAAAAAAUUUGAGAAAAUUCUCACAAUUGGAAAGUCUGGUGAAAAGAAAUGGACCCCAUUUUACGGUUAUGCUCAUCGCGAAGUGGAUACUGUGACGGAGUUCCUGGUACUUGAGCUUGACAAUGGAAAAACGUUGACCAUUACUCGUGAUCAUUUGAUGUUCACAAUCAGCAAAUGUGGAGAAAGGGUGGAUAAAAUGGCUCAAAAUGUAAUUCAAGGCGACUUCGUCUUCAGCAUGGAUUCCGAUACCGAGGGGAUGAAGAAAGCCCAAGUUAUUGCAAAAACGGUGACUACAUCCACCGGAAUCUAUAGCCCUUUAACUAUGGAGGGAACACUGCUUGUGGAAAAUGUGCUAAUUUCGUCAUACGCUGACAUUGAAAACUUUGCCCUGGCACAUAACGCAUUUCUUCCGUUACGAUUGUGGGCAAAGGCUGGGAAAAGGUUUAACAAGCAGGAGAAUGUGAUUGAGGAGGGGAUCCAUCCUUAUGCAAAAGUUUUGAUGAAAGUGCGUAACAUGGCUCCUGGAUUGGUUUGAUUAUGUGGCAUUUAAUGGUUUUAAAAAGUUAUUAGAUACUUAUUGUGAGGUGACACAAUUCCAUUCUUCUUGAAUUUUAUUUACCAGGGAUUUACACACAGUUAGCAUAUAUGAACAUAAUUUAUACUCCGAGAUUUUGAUUUGGUUUGUAAUUAUGUAAAAUUUGUUAAACUAAGUCAUUAAUAGUGUCAUAAAAAGUAUUUGUAAGAAAACAGUAUCGCUAAACAGUAUCAUUAUUCUGUUAAGCCUAAUUUAAAUAUGGUCUACAAAUUUUACGUCUUAUAUACUUCAAAUUAUGUAAAUGUAUGUUAUGUAUUAUGCAUGUAUGUAUGUAUGUAUGUAUGCAUCCAUGUAUUUCCGCUACAUUGUUCCCUUAUUAGUUAGUAGACUUAAUAGAAUGACACUAAAUUAACCAACUUGGAUUAUCAUCAUUUUACUUUUACUUAAUUUGUAUUCAUCCUUUAAUCCUUCCGAAUGACAAAAGAAAAAUUGCCUCGAGUAGUGCCAAACUAAUUAUUAGGCAUUUUUGGUGUUAGGGUGCGACGAACAUGCCACGUAAUUAGCUACCUUGUUACGUUACACGGCAUCUUCAAAUGAAUAUUAUACCAGCCCAAAUUUAUAAGACCUGUCUACACAUAAUUUGAACCUAUGCUGAUGAUGUUAUUGUACUUAUCACGUCGCGAUGCCGAUGUUUGUAAGAAAUAAGACAACAAUGUAAUAAAUGUAACAGCAGAAUAACACUGUUACUGCACGUACUUAAUAAAAUAAUGAAACUGACUUGGUUUGUUUGGCGUCUCAUAAUAUGGCUUUGGCUGGUUGCUGAUGACUGGGGCUUACGGUAGGCAGUUGAAGGAUGAGAAUUACGAUAAGUGAGGGAAGCGAGAGAGAGUGAGAUUUGGUAGAAAUUGAAAUAAAAUUGACCCAACGCAUGAAAUAUUUUGCAGUUUUAGAUCAGUUUUUGCUCACAGAGGUUGUCGAGGUCGUGCUGCGUCUGUGUGUUUACGUUUUUGAUUUUGCUACAUGUUAGAAUUUGUGUGGUUUUGGUUUUGAUAAAAAGUUAGCCAAAAUACGGGAAACUUUUCUGGCACGAAUUAUACGGUUGGACUCGAGAA